AUGUCCGCCCCACGUAUACUCCAUCGCCUCGCGCGACCAGUGCCAUCAUCCCUAAGCACAAUCACAAGACUAAACCGCCAAUUCGGCGCGACAGCUCUACGCCUCAAAGAUGGCGACGAAGCUGCCCCGGAGGUAAAGGCGCACCGCGCAAACCAGGCCAACAAGGCUCCAAACCAAUUCAUUCCAAACACAACCUCCACCAUGACAAAGGACUUCCCCAGUGUUGGGCAGAAGCCGCCGCCACCGGAGAUGUUGAACUCCGUCGACCCCAACUACAGACCAUCUGAUCCGUACCCCGGAAGGAUUGAGCAUUUCACUGGUGGUCGUCAGGAUAAUGGGGCGCAGAAGCCUGAGCUUGGCGUUGGUGAGAUGGAGGGUAUUACGUUUAAGGUUGAGCCUUUGAAGAGAGUUGGGGAGGAGCUUGCCACGAAGAGGGCACGCCUGCUAUACCAGAGCCGCAAGCGCGGAAUCCUGGAGUCAGACCUGCUCCUCUCGACCUUCGCGGAUGUCUACCUGGGCAAGAUGGACUACGACCAGCUCGUGGAGUACGACAGCUUCCUCGACGAGAACGACUGGGACAUCUACUACUGGGCGACGCAGGAUCCGCCAGAGGAGAUCUCAGCCUCCGCUCCCAAGGAGGAUACCAUCACCGAGAACUGGAAGGAGACCGGUGCCAAGAGCGGUGAAUGGGCGCAGACUAUUGGCGCCUUCAGAGCGGCGUACCGGCCUGUUCCAUCGCGCUGGCAGGGCUCUGAGGUUCUCACGCUACUCAGAGAGCAUGUUCGCGAUAAAAGUGCUACUGGCUUUGAAAAGGCCAAGAAUAAGAAGACUGGCGGUGGUGGCUUGGGAAGAAUGCCUGAUGUUCAGGUGUUUAACUCGUAA